AAAGCGGCUCUUGGUAAGACAUGUCGUGGAUCAGAGAAGGCGAGCUGACCAUCAUAGAGAGAUUUUGUGCCAACAUCAUUAAGGCAGGUCCAAUGCCCAAGCAUGUUGCCUUCAUCAUGGAUGGCAAUCGCCGUUAUGCCCAAAAAUGCCAUGUGGAGAGACAGCAGGGGCAUUCACAAGGCUUUGAUAAGCUGGCACAGACACUACGGUGGUGCUUAAAUCUGGGCAUUCGGGAGGUUACUGUUUAUGCCUUUAGUAUUGAGAACUUUAAACGCUCCAAGGAGGAGGUGGAUGGACUAAUGGAUCUGGCAAGACAGAAAUUUAGCCGCCUACUGGAAGAACAGGAGAGCUUGAAGAAGCAUGGUGUGUGCAUCCGUGUCCUUGGGGACCUGCCCCUUCUGCCCUUGGAUAUUCAGGAGCUGAUUGCCCAAGCUGUGCUGGCAACUAGGAACUAUAACAAAUGCUUUCUAAAUGUCUGCUUUGCAUACACAUCAAGACAUGAAAUCAGCAAUGCUGUCAGGGAGAUGGCAUGGGGGGUGGAACAAGGACUGCUCGAACCCAGUGAUGUGUCUGAAUCGUUGCUUGAUAAGUGUCUGUACACCAACAACUCCCCUGAUCCAGACCUCCUGAUUCGAACCUCUGGAGAGGUUCGGUUGAGUGAUUUCUUGCUCUGGCAGACAUCCCAUUCGUGCCUGGUGUUUCAGUCAGUCUUGUGGCCAGAAUAUUCCUUUUGGAACUUGUGUGAGGCUAUCCUUCGGUUCCAGAUGAACUACAAUGCUUUACAGAAGGCCAGAGACUCCUACAUGGAGGAAAGGAGACGACAACAGAUGGAAAGGGAUCAGGCUUAUGUGACAAAGAAGCUGCAGCAGGAGGGGUUUGCAUCCCACGGAGACUCUCGGCGCCGACGGACACUGUUGCAGAAAUGCACUGCCAUGCGGGAAGAGAGAAUCCAGGGCUUUCUACAGGCACUAGAGCACAAGAGAGCAGACUUCUUUGAAAGACUGUGUACGGUGUCUGCAUGAUAUAGGUGCUGGGUUGUUCUCGGGAAGACAGUUUUUAACCACGUUAGAGGGAACAGCUGAUGCCCAGAGGAAUUCACUUGGUGUGGUUCUGCAGUGGGGACACAGGGCCACUGUAGGACUUUACAUCCCCGCUGGCCCUGUCGGAGGGCAGGGACAGAGUACUGUGAACCUUUCUAGUUCUGUGAAUGCUGCUGAGAAAGGUAAUGCCGUCCUUCUGUCUCACCUCCCUGCCCCUAAUGAUGGGAAAUACAUGCACCCUGCCAUAUCUGUGCUGCUUG